AUGAGCGAUCAAGUGGUACUUGGCUACAUUGCUGCAACCGUCGCGGUCUUUUUCUUUGGAACGUGCUACGUGCCUGCCAAGACGUAUGCCACAUAUGAUGGCAUCAUCUUCCAGUGGUUUAUGUGUUCGGGCAUCUUAAUGGUGGGACUUGUCUGGGGCCUCUUGAGCAACAACUGGUCGCAGUACUCCCACUCGGGCAUGUUCACGUUCCCCGAAGGCCUCUUGGGCGGUGCGCUGUUCGCCAUUGCCAAUCUGCUCAUCCCCACGGUCGUCAAUACACUCGGCCUCGGGGUCGGGUUCAUGCUCUGGAACGCGGCCAACAUCACACUUGGCUACUGCGUCUCUCGCCUCGGACUCUUUGGCGUGGCCCCCACGAUCCCCUCCAUGCCGUACACGAGUCUCUUGGGCAUUGCCUUCAUGCUGGCGUCCAUUGCUGUCUACGGCACGAUCAAGCCGACGCUCAAGGCAGCCAAGACAGCCAACAGACGAGGCGCAAUGUACGACAGAGCGGACUGUACUAGUGAUGGCGACGGACAGGACUCGGAAGCCAAAGGGCAUUGGGGCAGCAAUGGCAGCAACAAGAGCACAGACAGUCCGGCAGGAGAAAGGUCACUAUUGCUGCCGCAGUUUGCAAAGAGCGCUGAGCUCACGAGUGUUACGCUCACUCGACGCGAGUCAUUGCACGAGGCGCUUGUGCACCCCGAGCUGCCGAAUUUUGGACCCUUCAUGAUGCCGAAUGAAGUCGGCGAGCACACGGAACUGGCGGACGCGCGGGCGGAGAAAACGCGCAAGGUCUUUGGCAUGGCGGUGGCUUUGCUUGUGGGCGCGUUCUUGAGCUGCUGCCUCGUGCCGUUUGUGAACUGGAACAACCGCUGCCUGCUUGGGCAUCUACUUGACGAGCACGAUCGUGUUCCUACUCUAUUCGCUCUUCCACCGGUUCGUGCUCAAGCGAUCGAUGCCGCGCAGUGUGAUGCGUCCCGCAUCUUCCCCAUUAGCUCCAUUGGCCCCGCUAUGGUGUCGAUGCUCUGGUCGGCUGGCUAUUUCAAGGAGAUUCAAGGCACGCAGAACCUCCAGACGUUGGCGCUUGGCACGGUGCUGGUCCUCAUUGGCACGGGACUGCGCGUCGUUUCCAUGUGA